CGGUACCUAACCUUAUCUCACAAGGUAUAAUAUGAUACACAUAAUCCCAUUGAAAAUAUGUUUUUUUCCCACGUCAAGCAAACUGGGCCUAGUAAGUCUGUCUUCCGAUUAUCACUUCACAGUCAAACAGCAUUGAGUCAAUCACUUUUAGUCAGAGGUAGAUUGCGAUCGUCAUUAACGAAGAUGAAAUAUUUUAUUUUAUUUGCCGCCAUUUUGGUAGUAGGUGACACGAUCGUCUGCUUGCCAGAACUGUGUGCCAGUUUAAAGUCAAACAAACCUCUCGUCUGCAAAGGAUCAGUUAUCAAAAAUGGUGGUUACUGUGGGUGUACCGACGCUUGUGCCAAAGUGGAGGGAGAGGGAUGCCAGGAGUCAUUCUUCCGGGGUGUAAUCCCACUAGGAAAGUGUGACACAGGCCUAGAAUGUGUCAAACAGAAACACGUGGCUUUUGGAAGAGGAGUGUGCGCCAAGAAAGAGAGAAAACGAGCAGCCUUGACCCGUUGUGAACUGAUGAAGCGACAGAAUAUGAUGAUUAUGGUAGUCUGGUCUGGCCAGUGGGUGGGACCAAAUUGUGACGCAAACGGCAACUUCCUGCCCGAGCAGUGUGACAGAUCAGGACACUGUUUCUGUGUGACCCAGAAUGGUGAUGUAAUAAAGAACACUAAAGUUCUGGGACAUGCCAAAUGCUAACGGGAGCACAAAAUAAAUAGAAACUGUUGUUCAUUUAUUAAUGUUUAGCAACUGAUAACACAUAAGCUGUAUAUACAUCAGAGAGCAACAAUAUACUAAAUUCACCUUUUUAUUAAAGUGCAGUUUUAAAAUUUAA